AUGCGGCGGGCGGGCUGGUGCUCGCUGGCGGCCGCCGCUGCCAUAGCUGCCAUCGCCGCCACAGCUGCCGCUGCCACCGUUGGCAACGGCGCGGGUGGCGGCAGCUCCGAUGAGAGUUUGCGCCAGGCGCUGGUACUCGUGGAAAUCCUCAAGUCCGGGAUUUUGCGAAAAUCACAUCAUGCGAUGCCAGCGACGCCCCUCUCACUUGCGGAUUAUGCGGGCUACAGGCUGUGGCCACCACCCUACGCCCCCCUGUUCCACAGCAAGGGUCUACCCUUCCGACGAACGAACGACGCGAACGGAGGCGAGCACGCUGGCAGACGACUCGGCAAAGAUGCCCCACGCCAAAUGGAUUACGAGGACCAGUUUGGACCACAGCCUGGGGGCGACGGGGCAUCCGCACAAGAGGUAGCAACUGAGGGGUCAACUAGUCAACAGACAGACAGCCAGAUGACUCAAAAACCUGCCCAAAGUAGUACCACACAGACAGCAGACACAAAAUCAACACAAACGACAGUUUCAGAAACCAAAGCCGCAACUACCACUGAAGCAACAACAAAGUCAUUCAUUAAGGAAACUAAUAAAACAACAGAAAAAGAAAAUACUAAAGCUCCUGUGAAACUAACCACAUUUAAUACAGAAACAUCAAGGACACCAACACAAAUAAAAACCAAGAAACAUAUGAAACUGAACACCAUUCCAAAGGCAAAAAAACGUGAAAAUUUUAAAGUAACUUCAAAAGUUUCGACAGCGAACCCAGGGGACGUGAUAAGGCUUAAGUAUAAAAAGGAUGGCGCCCCUUCGGCUGACGUACACGGGAACGCUGACGGGGGAGUCCCCGAGAUCGCCCAAGCGGCGUUGGAGCUGCAGCGGGAGGCGGCCGACACGGGCGACUUAGUUGAGCACAGGUGCCCCAACAGAGCGCGCACAUCUCCCGAGAUAGCUCAGACUUCCUGUCCGGGUGGGGAUUGCGAAGUGCCCCUGGCUACGUCCCGCCGAUACAAGGGCAGCACCCGGGUUUACCUGUCUCGCAGCUCCAGACCACCGGUGCCGCUGCCGGCGAACAACGCGUUCUGCUACACCGACCCCGACAGCCCGCUUUGUCGCACCUUCAUU